UUACUAUUACUAACAUAAGUGUGACUCUCUAUCUGUUGAAAAGCAUGCCUUCAUUCACAUAACAAGUGAUAAAAAUGAAUACAUUUAUGUAAACAAAGUUAUCAAACAAUUAUUGUCUGAAGAAAUGGCAAAUCAUGUGUUAAAUGUAUUGUCUUUACAAAAGAGGAUCAAUAUAUUGUCAAACAAUAUUUGUCUUCGACUAAUACGCUAUAAUUCAACCCAAAGUCAGACCAAUGAAGACAAACACAACUCUGAAUUGACAUCCGAUAAGAAAGAGAAGACAGACUUUUUACCACUAAAUCUGAUGCCACAGAAAAUGUCCGCAAGGAUUGAAAGAAAGAGCUAUUUUGGAGAGAUCCGAAGUCCUAGAUAUAAGAAAAUGAAGACGAAUCAAAAGUGGUCAGACGUAUGGCCUGCGGCCAGAGUUUUUCAUCCGUCAACUGUUCCGUUGCCUUUACAUAUGGGAUAUACGAAUCGAAACUCAGGGGAAGUGCCGAGUGGUAAAUACCACAAUCCGGAACUAUUAAAAAUACCCAACUUUUUGCAUUUGACUCCACCGGUCAUACAAAAACAAUGCGAAGCAUUGAAACGUUUUUGUACCGAAUGGCCAAAAGGUCUCGAAACGGAUGAAAAGUGUGACAAACAUUUCCCGAUUCAAAUCAAGACGAAAGAGUUUGUAUUCAGCGGAACAUCUAUUCGAUGGCCAGACUAUCGUAUCGUUGAAUUGCAAGUAAAGAUGUCUGCAUUGCCUCUCGAUUAUCAUUUAAAAGACAAAAUGAAACGAUUAUUAACUGAAAGAUAUGAUGAAAAAACAGACACCAUUACCAUAACUGCAUCCAAAUGUCCUCUAAGAAAACAGAACUAUGAAUACGCCUUAUAUUUAUUGACUGCCGUCUACUUUGAGUCAUUGAAAGUAGAAGAAUGGGAGACAGAAAUAGCAGAAUCUGAUUGGGAAAAGUAUUAUUGGAAUCAAAGCAAAUCCAAAGAAUCGAUUGUCUCAUACAUGAAACGAGUCAAACCUGAUCUCAAAGAGGAAGACAUUCUUAACGACCAAAAGGUUAAAUCAUUUGCGGAAUCAGUUUGUAAAUUGUUUGACGAGAAAAAAGUGAAACAAAAGAAAACAAAUACAGAUAAUUAUAAGCAAAACGUUUUACAACUAUUGUUCUGAAAUUCAUUUCAGUAACCGAUGUCUUCAUUAACUUUUUAUUGUAAUAAUUGGUUAUAAUUUUUUU